AUGAACGCCAUCGGUAACAGCCUAUUGCCCCACUUGACCAAAGCUGCGUUUAUCUGGUCUUUGAGUGGCUUUGCCAUCAUUUGUAUUGUGGUACUGUCUUGCUCGGCCCCAAAUUACAACUCGGCAGAGUUUGUUUUUCGCAAUUUCGUCAAUCAGACUGGGUGGCCCGACGGAGUUGCCUGGCUGCUGGGACUUUUGCAAGGUGGUCUCGGUGUCACUGGCUUUGAUGCAGUAGCUCAUAUGAUAGAAGAAAUUCCGAAUCCAUCCGAGACAGGGCCUCAAAUUAUGAUCGCUUGUGUAGGAAUUGGGACAAUAACCGGAUCUCUCUUUCUUGUUGUCCUUCUCUUUGUGGCUGGUAAUGUCUCGGAAAUCAUUGAUUCUGCAGCAACACCGCUGCUGGCAAUAUUAAGUCGUGCCACUGGGAAUACCGCGGGGGCCAUUUGUCUGUUGAUGUUCCCUAUUAUUUGUGUCCUUUUUGCGGCAACUGCCAUCAUGACGACGAGUAGUCGCAUGAUAUAUGCAUUUGCUAGAGAUGGUGGACUUCCCGCCUCAUUCUUUUUCUCUCGGAUUCACCCCAAACUCCAAGUCCCUCUCAAUGCACUUUAUCUCAACUUGGUUAUUGUCAUUAUAUUCGGAAUCAUUCUACUAGGAUCAACCAGUGCUUUCAAUGCCAUCAUAUCAGCCUCGGUCGUGCUGCUGGAUCUCUCAUAUGGGAUCCCCAUUGCAGUCCACUGUCUUCGAGGACGCAAUAUGCUCCCUGAGAGGAGUUUUGUACUUCCCGAUCUUCUUGGUUGGGUAUUGAAUAUCGUUUCUCUAUUAUACAUCAGCUUAACGACGAUCCUUUUCCUCUUCCCACCCGGGUUGCCUGUUACCGGCAGCAAUAUGAACUACUGCGUUGUGGCAUUCGGUAUCAUCUUGAGUAUUUCGACCACCCAGUGGUUUGUGGAUGGGCGAAAGAACUACUCAGGGCCUCGAGUGGAGGUAAUUGCGAGGAGGUAG